CAAAAUGGAAAACAGGAGGGAAACAGAGCUUUAGUUUUAUGGCUCGGUAUUUUUCUUUUAUCUCACGUUUCUUCUUUUUUUUACUGACUUAAAUGGCUCAGACGAUGAGGCUGUAGUUUGCUAAGUGAGAAAUGAAGGUGAAGAUAAAGCAGUGGAACGGCGUGGCGUCCUGGUUGUGGGUGGCCAAUGAUGAGAACUGUGGCAUCUGUAGAGCUCCAUUCAACGGCUGCUGCCCAGACUGCAAAGUCCCUGGAGACGACUGCCCGCUGGUCUGGGGUCAGUGUUCGCACUGUUUCCACAUGCACUGCAUCCUGAAGUGGCUGAAUUCGCAGCAGGUCCAGCAGCAGUGCCCGAUGUGCCGGCAGGAGUGGAAGUUCAAAGAGGGAGACACAUCAUGAGGUGAUGAAAUAAACUAUUACAAUAUCAAACCAAUGCUUUAUUCUUUUAAGGACAAUAAAUACAUACCUCAACCUAAAAAUA